AUGACUUCUUCUGUUAUAUGCCAUUCAAGUAUUCAGUUUCCUUUUAGGACACCACUAUCGGAUAAUGCUUAUAUGAUAUGUGAAAUAUUUUCUCAUUUAUUAGAAAAACAAUCUGAUUUAUUUUCAUGUUGUUUAGUUUCUCGUUUAUGGAAUACUUGUGCAAUUCCUUGUCUUUGGAAAGCUCCGCGUCUUAAACGCGAAUCAACACUUUCUAAAUUUAUUGGAACAUUAAUGAGAUCUCAACAAAGUCUUACUAUAUAUUCUUAUGGAUGUUUGAUUCAUACUUUAGAUUUAUCUCGACUUUCAUUUAAUUGUCCUGCAGCUGAAUUAAAUUUUAUAACUGAAUGUUGUGGUGUCUUAAAGAUUAUAGAUUUUUCUAAUUGUCAAAAGCUUAGAGAUGAUGCUUUAACUAGAAUUUCUGAGAGAUGUUAUAAUUUAAGAUCUCUUAAAUUAUUGAAUUUACCUUAUAUUACUGAUGAAUCAGUUAUAAAUAUUAUAAAUAGAUGUAAUCGAUUAGAAUAUUUUGCUUUCGGAGAUUGUAUUGGCAUUACGGAUCGUUCAUUACGUCAGCUAGCAAAUAUGUCAUAUCUUACUACACUUGAAAUACUUUUUGGAAACAACAUUAAAAAUGAAACUUUCGUUCUUAUAACACAGGGUUGUUCUAGAUUGAAAAAUUUACAUGUUUGGGAUUGUGGAAAUCUUGACGACUCUGCUAUAAUUCAAAUAGCUAUUAAUAUGAAUCAAAAUCUUGAAUCACUUAUCCUUCACAAUCCUCAACAUAUUACCGAUUUAUCACUUACUCAUAUCGCUAGUAGAUGUACUAAUCUACGUCACCUUGGAUUAGAACCAUAUGAGGGAGUUACUAAUAAUACUUUAAUAGCUUUAGCAAAUAAUGCUUUUAAAUUAGAAUCAAUUCAAAUAUCAUUAAAUCGAGCUUCAAGUUUUUCUAAUGAUGGAUUUUCUUUGGUGGCUCAACGUCUUAUAAUGCUUAGUAAAGUUACUUUACAAUAUUCUACUCCACUUGUUACUGAUAUUACUUUAAGCAUAUUAUCAAUAAGACUUACAUCACUUCAUCUUUAUAAUUGUAAUUUUACUGAUGCAUCUCUUAUUGCGAUUGCUCAUAGUAGACCACCAAUUAAUGAUUUAUGUAUUUUUGAUUUGAUGAAAAUUAGUGAUCAUGCGGUAAUUUUAUUAUUAUAUAACAUUGUUGGAACACUUACUUCAUUACAAAUUUCGAAUUGUGAAGGUCUUAGUGAAAGGAUUGUAACUGAAGGAAUUAAACAUUGUAUCAAUUUAAGAAAAUUAUGUUUAACUACAUCGAGUGAUUUUACUAUUGUUGGAUUGGAUGCUAUUGUUAAGAAUUGUAUAGAAUUAAGAGAAUUUUAUUUAGCAAGUACUGAAGAUAUUCCUAAAGAGGUUAUCGCUCCUGAACUUAUGUGUUUGCGAAAAUUGGAAAAAUUAAGAAUUCGUAAUUGUCCAAGUUUAUCGCAAGAAGAUAUUUGGUGUAUUUGUUGUGCGUGUACUUCGCUACAAGAAUUCUUUUUUGGAAGAAGUGUAAAUUUAAAUGAAGAAUUCGUAAUUCAAUUUAAUUCUAAUGGAAAGGGAAAACCACUUUUGGUAUUAGGUCCUUAA